UGGAAAGUCGCGACUCGCAUAUGCAUGCAUCUUCAAAUCAAUUUCAGGGCGGUAGCUACUGUAGCUAGGCUAGGGCGUUGCAGGGAGCACCAGCUGCAAUCGUGAAGCUCCCCUUUUGGAAGCAUUCCUUUGGGUAGCUGAAUCCUUUCUCUUAGUCGAGCCUUAUCAGUGAGCUGCACGCAUAUUCUACUCAAAUUCCCCAACAACGCUCGAAUGGCGCUCUUUCGAAUCGCUCUCCUUUUGGGCCUCCUCGCAGUCGCCGCCACUGGCGCCUGCCUCCACCUACUUCCACCUGGCACCAUUUCUUGGAGCACGCUUGAGUUCCCCCGCAACACGAUAUCCAUGAUGCUUCACUAUGCGGCCGCAAAGUACGGACACCUUCGGACCACCGGACAGGUGGGGGACGGACGAGAAGCGUCCGUUUUGGCUCAUGUGCAGAAGACAGUGCCGGCAGGGAAUGCAGAAUCGGUGCUGAAAGCAAUUGACGAGCUGGCUUGGGGCGGCACAUUUCUGAUGAAUGUGGGGCCCGAAAAGGGACUGAUUCUCGAUGAGGUCAUCAGAAGCAACAAGCCCUGCAUGGUGCUGGAGAUUGGAAGUUACGUCGGUUACUCGGCGGUUAGGAUCGGGUCACAGCUCGCGCCUGGUUGCAAAUUGUACUCCAUCGAGUUCAAUGCAGAUAACGCUGAGGUGGCACGGGGGGUGGUCAAGCACGCGGGUUUAGAUCAAACUGUGGAGGUUAUCACGGGCACCCUGCAGUCAGUGACUGAGGUGCUGCACAAGGAGAAAGGCGUUUCGACCUUCGAUUUGGUCUUCCUCGACCACUUCAAGAAGUACUACUUGGGCGACCUCAAACUUCUGCUACAUGAAGAAUUUCUCAAAACAGGCUCCAUCGUUGUUGCGGAUAAUGUGGGUUAUCCCGGAGUCCCUGAUUAUCUCGAGUACAUGGAGAAGACGUCGGACUUUGAGACCGCCAGACACGAAACGAAGCUUGAAUACAGCAAGACAGUGCCUGACCUUAUGCUCGUGUCCUCUUACAAGCCUCAAAGCUUGGGGCAUCGGACAUCAUAAGGACCGUUGAACGUCUUUACUUCAACAUUGAGUUGGAUUGUAAUGUUACCUUCAAAGCUAUUAGAGCAACUUGGCACGCGAGGGACACGGAUCCCGAAGCUGCAACCUUUACAACUCGCCAUGUCGAGUGCCCGCUCUGUUUCGUGUCCAAUCGCUGCA